UGUUGACGGGCUUGGUGUGAUGAACGGCUGGUGAAUCCCCUAGAUUUAAUGCGCCCUCUCAGAAACUGGUGUCACGCAUUAGACGAGGGUAGGGUUGUCAACUUGUCCUUGGUCCUGGGGGAGUGCAUUCCUCCCCGCUCUCCUCUCCUUCACUAGAGACCAGCUCGAGUGAAACUCCAGAACAAGUGAAACUUCAGGAGCUGUACAGACUCACCUACUCUUGCCGAGGAUCUCAGCUCAUCCUGAGGCCAUGGGAGUUACCCACGGAAAGAAAAGUGAACACCACCUCCAAAUCUCUCCCACCAGAAGUAGAACACCUCUGAAGGGAACAGCCUCAGCCCACGCUGGCCUGCUGUCGGAACAGGAUGGAGCGCAGGGUCAACGUGCAAAGGACCAAGAGCAGGGGAAAUCAGGUGGAUCACCACCUCAGCCAGAGAGUCAGGAAGAGGAGGGCAGAGAUUUUAUCAUCCAGACCAAGAAGCGCCUCAACCUGGUCAGCGUCUCCAAGAGCCACCAGGAGCUCCACCGGGAGUUAAGGAUGACACACAAGAGAGGUCCCUGUCUGGAGGUGAAGCCGGAGCUCCAGCGUGUUCUGGAACAGAGGAACUGGGAACAGGGGCUGAAACAGAGGAGAGAGGCAGAGGAGGAGAAGAAGAACCGGUCUCCUCUCCAACAGGAACUGCUCAAGAGGCACCAGAGGCUGGGGGAGCUGGAGAGGGAGCUAAAGGCACAGCAGGAGGGCCUGCAGAGUUCCCCAGAGUUCGUCAGAGUUAAAGAGAGCCUGAGACGCACCACCAUACUGGAUGUGGGAGAGAAGGUAGUUUAAAAGGACUGGCAGGAAGACGCGUAACGUAUGGUUAGAGUGGCGUGGGGUUGUUUUAGCGUCUGCAUGAGGUAAGGAUAGGAUGGUGUGGAUACAUGACUACAUGGAGGUGAAGGAAGACUGUGUGACAUUGAGCUAUUCGAUUGGGUUGACAGUUGUUGGGAUAGUAUGCUUGGCAUAGUUCAGCUGCGUGGGAGUACAGAUGGAUGCACGCAUGGUGCAGGUUGGUACCUGAACAUGUCCUCGGCCACACGUCUUCUCUGAAAGAGCCUGUUGCCUGAAGGUAACCACCCUUUGUCCAAUUGGCCUUUUGAAGAACAUCUUUAUUUGUUCCAAUUAGGGAUCGACUCCCUGCUAGCCUGGUCCCAGAUCUGUUUGUUGUCUUGCCAACUCAAUAUUAUCUUCCAUGACAACGACCAUAAGAUCUGGCAAUACAGCACAAACAGAUCUGGGACGUGGCUGGCCCCUCCCAUCCUCUGAGAGACUUGACGUUAGAUUAGUCAUUUGUCUCUCAUGCCAACCACCUCUGACAUGGAGAGAGCACCCCUUUAACCAGGGCUCUUACUGAGUUACAUACAAUGAGUGAAUGUAACGUUUUUAAUUUCAUGCCUAUAUAGUGUUCACAUUGUGAUUGUAUUCGUGGAAUAUGUUGAUGUACUGUAUCAGUAGAUGUAUUUGUAAAAUAAUAUUACAUUUCCUAUUUGUUUAUAAGUUUACAGUAUUUUUUACCUGUCGUAAAUGUUCCGAGUCAUUUUAUAUUAUUAGCAGUUUAACAAGUGGUCUAAGACUGUUAUUUCUUAAAUAAUGGUUCUGUCCUGUCUUUCCCUGAGCCUCUCACGCACACAUUCUGUAUGCAAAUCAACAGAACACACAUAAUUCACCUAGUGACAACAGUGAAUAAUAAUGUUUAACACUUUGGAUGACAGUGUCCUUGGAAACGUUUACUUUGUCAUAAAUAAAAAGGAAAAUAAACAUUAAUAAAGUGCAUUUGAUAUUUUAUC